GUCCACAUCCCACAAAAACCCCAAAGCUAUUCGAGAAUCCAGAACAAUCAAAUCCCAAUACGCGUGAUACGCUCUGGGUCUCUCGCAAGGUGUUACGGUGUCAUAUAUACGUUACUUCCGACCUGAUCUGGUUGAGUAUGCGGACUCAUGGACAUACAACGAUGAGAGAUGUGGCCUAGCCUAUGUAAUGACCGACUUGUCCAACAGUGAAGACAAAGGGAAUAUCCAUACAUAAACUCACUGCGCAGAUUCCUCUUCAGCAUAUGAAAAUUUCAUCGAUUCUUGUUACCAUUGAUGUAUCCACACCCUUGACGACGAUACUUGAAUUCUGUUUUCCUCUCGCCUCUUUCGAGGAUCGUGUGGAACUUAGCUCGUACUGUGAAAUAUUUCGUUCGGAAAACUACCUGAUGAGACUUCAUAGGGUGUUUCUAUUUUUCUUUAUUGGCAAUGCUUUUGCGGCUGCGAUAAUGGAAAGGGCGAAAAAGACGGAGUGUUCGUUAUCGGCCUCUUCAUGUUCCACUGAGAAGACUUCAUCUACUGGUUCUUCUUCCACUACUUCACCUACUUCUUCUUCCACUUCUUCCGCCAGCACAAUCCAAACAACCGGAACCCUCGCCGCCGAUUUCGCCGCCUCUGCCACUGCCGCCACCGCAACUUGCGGAGCUGGUUUCCUCCCCGAAGCCGCUACCAACCUAGCGCGCAAAAUUCUUCAAGCCAACACAACCAGUAUCUGCGCUACCAUAUCUCCCGGAUGGCCCUGUUUCGGGGUCGGUAUGGCGAACCAAGAUAGCAUGACCGCUCUGUAUGGUGCUUUUCGUCCCCCUGACUAUUACGGUACUCUAGCCUUUCUAUGCAAUUUGAGCGAGGUGCCCAUGACGACUGCGGGGCUGGAUAUCAAUGUCCUGGACGAUUUGAUCUAUGUGAAGCACUGUGCGAAUUAUACGCCGGCGGCGCUGAUGAGCCCGGGAGAGUGGAUUUAUGGGUAUCUGGACUGGAACACAGUGCAGACGGUGGGACAGAGUAGUGAGUUGUGUACUCAUGUCAUGAGUCAGGUUGUGGCCUAUCCUGAUCAUAUGCCUUGAUUGAGAAUUGGGGGGUUUGUUGCAUGUUUGUUUGUUGGUUGGUUGUUUCUGUGUUAGCUUGUAUUUUAGGAUAUAAUAGCAAUUUGUUUCUUUGAACCCUAUAUGCUUUCCGGGCGCGAGUUAUCGAAUAAGUCAAUUUGGAGUCACUUAAACUGACAGUCGACAGAAUGAAUAGUAGACAGCUAUUUAUUGAAGCCACGAAUUGUUUCCUCGCCUUCGUGGAUCCUGAGCGCGUGCCCAACCAACAUUUGAUGUUCAAUGCAAACAUGCAAAUUACCUACGUGGAGCAAGAAUUCGGUCGCAACGGACGAAACAUCGUUAGGUGUAUGGCUUGAUUCAGAAGUCAGACGGAAAGUAAACUCUUCAAAAGAUGCUCGUUUUAAUGGCCUCGGAAUAAUCGAGAUGGAUAAGUUGAUUUUCCAUACUUAUGCGGGAGAGUAUUUUCACGAUGGUGUAUCCAGUCGGACUGAUACACUGAUACACACAUACCCACAAAAGAUCCUUCGCGGGGCACCGAAAUCCUUAUCAGUUGAGAUUCCAGAACUGUGCUCGCUAUACUCUACUCCACUCCACACGCCACCAGGGUUUCACGGAAAUGAUGGAAAGAUUUUUAUUUUGGCUCGCAGCGAUAUGGGAAAGAGAAGCAUGUCCACAUUAGGGUACGAGAGCAUGCAAACCCUAAGGAAGGAUGAAAUGAAAUCGUAUAAUUGGUUGGGCACAGGAAAGUCGAAAUGAAGACGGGAAUGAGAUACCCUCUUAGGCGUGGGUGGAUCCCACAAGAUGUGACGCAUUGUGCUUCAGUAGCUAGUAAUUAGCUAGAAUCCCCCCACCUCAUCCCAUGUCUUACUGGAUCUGGCCCCUUCCAAUGUAACUGGUGAUAGGCACAAGAGAGAUUUCCUCAUUCUUCAACUCUUGACACAGGACAGAUAAUAAGUAAAAGAAGAUA